AUGGGUAAAUUAGCUGAAAUUCAACGUAAAUUGCUUGAGCAAAUGAUGGGCGCUGAAGCUAUGGGCUUUAAAUCACUCAAACUGCAUUUCACAGACCAACAAGUCUGCAGAAAUUUCCUAUGCGGCGUUUGUCCACAUGACUUAUUCAGUAAUACUAAAAUGGAUCUCGGUCCUUGUCCAAAAUCUCACGCUGAGAAACUUAAAGUGGACUUUUUAAGCAACCAACAAUCUCAUCCAAGCGAUUUUGCGGAUUUUCACAGAGAAUAUGAAAAUAACAUUAGAGACUUCGUUAGCGAAUGUGAUAGGCGUAUAAGAACUGCUCACAAGAGAUUAGAGAAAACUCCUGAAGAAAAUAACAAAACUACAGCUUUGAUGAGGGAGGUUGGUGAAAUUCAAGCUGCUAUGGAUCAAGCUAUGAUAGACGUGGAAAAGUUAGGUGAAUCAGGUUUAGUUGAAGAAUCUAUGAAAGAAUUACAAAAAGUUGAAGCCUUAAAGGAAGAGAAGGUCAAUAAAGAACAAGAAUUAACAGAAUUGACUGAAACCUCAGGCGCUUCAGGUCAUCAGAAAUUACGUGUUUGCGAUAUCUGUGGUGCUUAUUUAUCCAUUUUAGAUAGCGAUAGAAGAUUAGCGGAUCACUUUGGUGGAAAGAUGCACUUAGGUUACUUUGAAUUAAGGAGAAUUAUCUCCGAAAUCACUGAAAAUCGUUCUAUUCAACGUAGAAAGCAACAAGAUGAAGAAAUUAGAAAAUCUAAUUCAAAAUAUGAUCACCAACAAUUUGACGCUCAAACUAACGACGAUAUCAACAUAAGUAGUAGUCUUUAUGAAGAGAAUCAACCAACGAAUUCUUCAAACGCAAACCUCAAUCCACCACCUGGUCACGAGAUUGAUCCACGAGCAAGGAAUUUUGAUUCAAGAGAGGCAAGACGUGAAGCUAGAUACGCAGAGAGAAGAGGCUCCGUUAGGAAUAGAUCAAGAUCACCACCGACUGCUAAUCGAUCAUAA